CGGCAGAGUUAAUAGAGGAAGUUACUGGGAGCUGCUGUGCUAGUAUGUAACCUUACAGGAAUUGGACACGGCGUUGCAGUGAAAAGGGGAAGGCAGCAGCAUUCAUGGAUAUUGUGGACACCUUUAACCAUUUAAUACCCAGUGACCAGUUGGAUGACUCCCUGAUAAUAGGCCAGAACUUGGAAUGUGAAGCCAGUAAUGAGUUUGGGACAGGUGUCCAACUGGAAGAUUCACUGAAGAACAUGCUCAGUGACAAAGAUCCCAUGUUUGGAUGUGCAAGUGCUCAGUUCAAUCUGCUGGACAAUGAGGACUCCACUUUUCCAAUUCCUGGCUCAACAGGUCUCGAUGAUGGUUCAGCAUCCACAGGGCUCAGCGGUGAACUGACAGUUGCAGAGACUACACAAGUCAAGCGGCCUGUUGGCAGGCCAAAGAGACGUCCUUGUAAUUUAGAAUUAGAACAUAGUGGCAGUCCACAACCUGCUAAAUCACCCACCAACACCAUGAUCAGAGGAAGACCAGGAAGGAAACCAGCCAACAGGCUACAGAAGUCUUUUCUGAUUGAGAAAGGAGUUAAAGGCCCCCAGCUGAAGAAAGAAUUAAAUCUGGGAGGGCGUAUUAAUGUUAAUGAUCUUGAUGGUGGAUUAUGGCUAAAACCUUCAGUUGUUUUGAGACGAUUGACUGUCACAAUUGGAGGAUUUAAGAUUGAGUUACUUCCAGGACCCUCUUACACACAAAAUAUUGAUGCAAGCUUUGCGGAAGGUUUGACGUAUGGUGGGGACAUAGGGUUUGCCGUGUUGCCUGAUGAUACUGUCAAUGUACAAAAUCCCGUACCUGAGAGUGUGGCAGUGACGGAUGUAAGUGAGAAGAGCUCUGCUGAUGAUGCACCUCUUGGGCUGGGCCCGUAUGUGAAUCCUAAUGACGUGCAGACAGCCAACGGGACUGUACUGGAAAGUGCCUGCACACAAGAGACAGCACUUGACAAUCAGAGUGCAUCUGAAAAGCACAAGCCAGCCGAUAAAGAAAAAGAUGACAUCAAACAGCCACAAGACGAUGAGAAAAACGUGACUACUGUUAGUAAUGAGACUGAUGUUAAGGAAAAGCAACAGACUGUGGACACAAAUCAGCUUAAUCUUAAGCAAGGACUGACUUCUAAUAAGAAUAAGACUUUGGUUUCAUGUAAACCAAGCAACAUGAUUAAGGGAUCUAAAGUGUCACAAAAUAUGCCAUCCAAAGCCAUCCAAAGAGGAGACCUGCACAAAAUUAAAUCUCUAAAGGAAAAGAAAAGCAUUGCACCUUUAAAAAGGCCUGGAGAUAACACCCCGAGUGAGCCUGCUAAUAAAGUGCAAAAGAUACAAGGUGCAGGAGAUCCUAAAGCGAAGCCAAAGUUGACAACUACCACGAGCCCUACAAGCAAGAAGAUCCCAGCAUCUGGCAACCGUGUUAAUGAUCAGCAGAGUCCAACCAAACCUGCUCAUUCUCACAAUAGCUCCAAAGUUGAUACUGCUCAGCCGACUCACAGCCGUCCAGGCCUUUCUUUAAAAACACCUGAAGAAGGAGGGCAGGAAAAGUCUAAAAUAAAAAAGCCAGAAAAGAUCCUUCAAAGACAAAAAAGUAAAAAUGCGAGAAGCAUCUCUGUGGACGAGCCACAGCUGUUUAUCCCAGAUAACGCUCCUGCUGUGAAGAGGGAAAGUGCUGAUGAGCAGCCUGCUAACAGUGAGACUGUAUGGGAUGGAAACAACUGCUGUGGUCUGUGCAAGAAGCACCAUAACAACAUGUUCAUGGUAGGCUGCGGUCGCUGUGACGAUUGGUUCCACGGUGACUGUGUUGGCCUUGACCUGACGAAAGUGAGUGAAAUGGAGGAGGAGGACCAGAUGUACGUGUGCUUGAAGUGCUGUGAGGAUGAAAGCACAAAGGUGGAGCCCGAGGCCCAGAGCACAGCCAAACCAGAAGCAAAAAUUGAAGUACAGGACCAUAAGCUGCCCCCCAAACCUAAACCUAAGCCAGGACCCCCCCAGGCACUCACAUCAGGAGGAGUCAGACCAGUAAGAAAGGACCCUGAUAGAAGGCAGUCCACAGACGCGAAAGAAGGAGCUCAUAAAACAGGUGUUCACAUGAAACUAGAGACAAGAAGUAAGACUCCAUCUUCAAAGAAACCUGCAUCUGUUGAAGAAAUUAGGCGGAGUGUGCGAGAAUCUCUCAAAGAAAUCCUCAUUCAGAGGUUGAAGGAGUCUGAUUUGAAGGUCUCAGUGGAGAAAGCUUCUGAAGUUGCCAAGAAGACGGAGAGAGAGCUUUUUCAUUUAUAUAAAGACACUGAAAACAAAUACAAGAACAAGUAUAGAAGCUUAAUGUUUAACCUCAAAGAUACUAAAAAUAAUGUCCUCUUCAAGAGGGUUCUCAAGGGGGAAAUAUCUCCUGCUAAUCUAAUCCGAAUGAGUCCCGAGGAACUGGCCUCAAAAGAACUGGCUGCCUGGCGACAAAGAGAGAAUCGACAUACAAUUGAAAUGAUUGAAAAGGAGCAAAGAGAGGCAGAGAGACGGCCAAUCACUAAGAUCACACACAAAGGGGAAAUUGAAAUUGAGAGCCAAGAACCAGUGAAAGCACCUGAACCUAUAGAGCUCGAGUCUGCCCCCAAAGCAACAGAAGUCUCAGCAGAACCUCCAAAAACCCCAGAAAUGAAAGAAGAGAGUACCAAGACAGAAAAAGACACUACCAACCAACACAAGUCUCACUUAUUUGACCUACACUGCAAAAUUUGCACAGGUCGUAUGGCACCCCCUGUGGAAGAAUCACCAAUCAAAGUGGUCAAAGUUGCUACUACAGUGGUUAGGAGGCAGUCCACCAAAGCAGAUGAGACAAAGAGCACAAAGCCACCUGCAAUCGAUGAUGACCUGCACCUGACUGUUCUAGAGGAGAGCCUCCGCAGUGCUCAGUCAGGCUACGAAGGAAGGUCGGAGCAUAAACCUGGAAGAGAAGAAGAGGCUGCUUUCCUCUCCAACUUGAAUUCCCUGUGGCGAGGUUUCAUUCAUAUGCACGCUGUGGCAAAGCUUGUGACCAAAGCUUUCCCUGUAUCUGGCAUUCUGGACAACUUGACUCAGGACCUUCCAGACAGCAUUCAAGUUGGCGGGAGGAUAAGUCCGCAGAUAGUUUGGGACUACUUGGAGAAGAUUCGUGCAACUGGAACAAAGGUGAGUUUUUGACAACUUCCUCUUUACAGUGAUCCAACCAACUGUAAUUAGGUCUGUAUCAUAUGAUGAUAUAUAUCAUGUGACGAUAGAAAAAAAAAAAUCAGUUGUUUCAUAUUAUCCUCCAACACACUUUACAGAAAUACUUUUCAUGAUUUGAACUUAUAGUAAUGUAAGUGUAGUUGUCUCAACUGUCCAACUCUCCACUGCUGUCUCUCUGCUCUGCUCAGUGUGUGGAGAGACUAUGAAGACCAGAAAUGACUUACAGAAAAUGUGUUAUAUUGUGAUCGUUAACUGGAUAUGAAACAACCUUUAUAUCUGGAUGUGAGAUUUUGGUCAUAUCACAGAGCUCUUACUGUAGUAUAAUGUAGAUUAAGAUAUUAAAAACGUUUUCCCAACUAUUAAAACUUUUCUCUAUAGAGAACACAUCUUUGAACUUUUCUAUAUUUUUA